CACAAAAGGCACGUAUUAUCAACGUGGCGAUGUACCAACCGUUGAUACUUUCUGGUUAAAUCUAGUCCGUCCAUUUCUCACAACCAUUACGAUAAGAACGAGGCCUUGGUCUAUCGUGAACUUUCACAUAACUUUUUCUUCCUUCCAUUGAUUGGUCAUCGUUCUCUGUAUCUCUCUCUCUGCUAAUGGCGUCGAUCUAUGGGUUUUCGGUGUCUGAGCUUGUAGGCCGGCUCCAAUCUAUGCAUCGAUCUGUCAUAUCCGGAGGGAUCUAAUUUGCGUCGGUUGAUGGGAUCCAUGGCUUGAAGACGGAUCGUGUUCGUCGAGCUGUCGAUCCGCAGGAUCUGUUUCAUCUCCUAUUGCAGAUCUGGCUCUAUCUAUAUGGCUCUCGUGAGAUCUUUGGAUCUUCUUCCGUUAGCUGAGAUUGAGAGAUUGAUAGAUACGGUCGGUGCGUAUCUGAAGCGGGAGGUUCGGCAUCCGGAGAAAGUGGUGGAUAUGUGCUUGUGUUUUAGGUAUAGAAGGAUGUAUAAGAUGUUGGGACGAUAUAGCCAUGGCUUUUGGCGAGGAGCUGGAGUCCUGAGUACAUCUUUGUCAUCCGACCUUUGCCAUGACAGGUGCGCUUGCAUGGCAGGUCACCCGAUCCUUAAUAAAAUUUUGUUUUCGGUUCGAGGGGAGAUCGCACGGGGUUUGCCCGGGUUCUCCCCUCUCGUGUGUGUGCGCGCGCGCGUCUCUCGCUCCAUCUUUCCCUCUCGCUCUCUCCCAUUUUCUACUAUUGUUUUGCCGUGUGAUCUGUGGAGGUUUCAUCUGCUCCGCAACAAUGCCGUCAUAUCACUGAAUAUCUCUGAAACAAGGCCAAUCUUAACUUAGAUCAAUGGUCAGAAGAUCUGGAACCGUAUCUUACCAAAUCUUGCCCAACAACGUACGUCAACACAGGUAUUCGUUAUGUACUUUGAUUCUAAUUCAGAGCCCAACAAAAAAUCCAUGCAAACGGCCUAGUUUUGGUUAAUAUGCAGAGUGUUAUUCCUCAACAUGACCUUAUCUGAAUUGUUAACUUAGAUAUUGACUACUGAAUCUAGGUUUACUAUCUUUUGCAAGAAGAUACAAUUGAAUAUUCGAAUCAUGCAAGGGAAUUGGUUAUUAAAUCUAAACACAUCGGACCAAGUAUGCAUAUCGUAUGUGUCGGGUAGAGUAUCCAUAUUGUUAUCUCGAGCUAUAAGACAUAAAGUUCUUACCGUCAUAAUACCCACCAUUUACUGAUUUGAAAUCGUCAAUUGGCAGAUAUCCAAUGGUCGGUGUUCCAAUAUUAUCAUCUUGAGCUGUUUCAGCUAAUAUGAUUGACAGGGAUUUUUUUUUUAAUUAGCAAGCGAAGGGCACAGCUAAUAUAAUUGACCGUAUUUCGAACCCAUCUAUGUGUUGCAUUCGUUACUGUGCUGUUUACUAAGCAAUCUCCUGAAAUAAGUAGUGUGUUCGUUUAUAGCAUUGGUUUGGUUGUAUUGAACUGUGAUUAAUACAUGUUCUGGGAUGGUUGAUGGAGAUUGUGUAUUAUAAACAUGUUUUAAAGUUCUUUGAGAUCAGUGAAAGGGAUUGUAGAUGUAAUAUUUUUCGAACCAUGCAACAAGUUCGUCCAUGGUUCUUGAGGCCAGUACUCAGGAGGAUUAAAGGGGAGAUUUUGGGAGCGCCCACCGUCUUUGAAGUGAAGAAGUGAUCAAGAGGGCGGAGCAAACAAUCUUUUCUGCAACGGCUAAGGGUUUCACUACGAGUGAUUCAUAAAGCUGCUGUUGUUUUUUUCCAGACUUCGAAAUUGUAACUAACAUUUGUUAGACUUUUUGUGGGGACGAUGUCUUCUUGCAGGCUGAGGAUGUAUCGUUCUUCAUUGAAUCAUUUGUUGUGGUCGUGCGGAGAGCUUGGUGAAUCAAAGCCGCCGAUCAAUGAAAUGGAUGACAUCUAGUCAAGUUGAGACAGAUUUUUGGUUUGAGGGUUUCUGAAAGACGUUUGGUAAAUUGGUCUAAACCCUUUGAAAUGAACAAGUGGAAUGGAACAUCCGUAGGGAUAAUCACGAUUAUAUAUGUGUGGCUGCCAUCUGGGGUGAACUUUGUGGCGUGUUAGAUCUGAGAAGCUCAAGAAUGGCAAGAGCGCUCGUCUUCCUUUUUGGGGAGAUUGAGAGGUUGGUGGUUCGAUUCCACCCAGAUUUUUCUCAUUUCCCUCCCUACUCUCGUCUUUAACAUUAUGGAUGAUACGAUCACUUUUAUAUUUAUAAAUUCUUGUUCAGUAAGUGAAAAUGAUCAUGAAGAGUUCUCGAGACAUGCGGCGAUGUAACGAUGGCGGUCUCAUCUAUCCUUGUGUAGUAAUUACAGGGCUCAAAACAGUUAUGUGCCUCUUCGGCUGAGCUCAAUUGUUAUUGUAGCUGGAAAAUGCAAUGAAAUCUCCGUUCGGAACGAUGGAGUAGACGGCGCUCGUGAUCAUCUUCCAAUUCGUCAGGCAGAUAUGGGCCGCUUAUGGGAUUAAGCCUGUUAUGUCCGUCCAAUAAGUGAGUGGUGGAUUCGGAAGAUUUUCUGAGAAAACAUUGUGUCGUUCGAUUCCGUGAAAAACGUCACGCACUUUGAGUUUGUCUGCAUUAUCAUUCAAAGGGACGAGGAAUGCAAGCACGGCAAAUCAAACGAAGAGCAACAUUAAGUUGUUUUCGUCGCCGCCGAGCGCACAUCCAGGGUUAUUAGACAGGCAGGAUAGUUUCUUGUGAAUGAGCAAGACUCAUUUGGAAGGGGAAGGGAAAUGGAAGCAAAGUUCUUUCGGUUCUUGAAGAUUGUCGGGGUUGGAUACAAAGCGAGAGCCGAGGGGGCAGGGCGGCUCUUGUACCUGAAACUGGGAUAUAGCCACGAAGUAGAACUGGCAGUCCCUCCGGCCGUAAGGGUUUUCUGUUUCAAGAACAACGUGGUGUGCUGCACCGGCAUCGACAAGCACAGGGUUCACCAGUUUGCGGCCACUGUUCGGAGUUGCAAGCCUCCUGAAGUCUACAAGGGCAAAGGUAUAAUGUACAUUGAUGAAGUCAUCAAGAAGAAACAAGGGAAGAAGUCUAAGUGAAGUGAAGCGAUCAUCUCUUCUUCCUCCUCCUCCUCCUCCUCUUUGGUGGUUGCUUUUUUCAGCUUAGAACCGUUUGUUUAUCAAUAAGAAAUGCUUGUGAAUCUGCAUUUGUGCUUCUUGUGAUGUCAUUUUGAUUCAUAUUACACAUUGUGAGAGAUCGGUUCUUGACAUU